ACCUCUCUCAUUGCAGGCUCACCCUAAUUCUGCUCGGUUUUCAUUUCGACCAUUUCUAGUCAGCCUUGAAGAAGAGAGAGAGACACAGCCAAGCCUUCGUCUGCAGAGGUUGGCUUGGUUAUUCUUCAUCUUCGUCUUCGAUUGUCUUCGUCUUCAAGGUUUAUAAAAGAUGGCUGAUGCUGAGGACAUUCAACCCCUUGUCUGUGACAAUGGAACUGGAAUGGUGAAGGCUGGAUUUGCUGGUGACGAUGCACCCAGGGCUGUGUUUCCUUCUAUUGUUGGUCGACCACGACACACUGGUGUUAUGGUUGGUAUGGGUCAGAAGGAUGCCUAUGUAGGUGAUGAAGCCCAAUCUAAGAGAGGUAUCCUUACCUUGAAAUAUCCCAUUGAACAUGGUAUAGUAAGCAACUGGGAUGACAUGGAGAAGAUCUGGCAUCACACUUUCUACAAUGAGCUUCGUGUUGCUCCUGAAGAGCACCCAGUUCUUCUUACUGAGGCUCCUCUCAACCCUAAGGCUAACAGAGAAAAGAUGACGCAGAUCAUGUUUGAGACAUUCAAUGUGCCUGCCAUGUAUGUUGCCAUCCAGGCCGUUCUCUCUCUGUAUGCCAGUGGCCGUACAACUGGUAUUGUGCUGGACUCUGGUGAUGGUGUGAGUCACACUGUGCCAAUCUAUGAAGGUUAUGCCCUCCCUCAUGCCAUUCUUCGUCUGGACCUUGCUGGUCGUGACCUCACAGAUGCCUUGAUGAAGAUUCUCACUGAAAGAGGGUACAUGUUCACCACCACUGCUGAGCGGGAAAUUGUCCGUGAUAUGAAGGAGAAGCUCGCAUAUGUUGCCCUGGACUAUGAGCAAGAACUUGAGACUGCUAAGAGCAGCUCUUCAGUAGAGAAGAACUAUGAGCUUCCCGAUGGCCAAGUAAUCACAAUUGGAGCUGAGAGAUUCAGGUGCCCAGAAGUUCUCUUCCAACCAUCACUCAUUGGAAUGGAAGCUGCUGGAAUUCAUGAGACUACCUACAACUCUAUCAUGAAGUGUGAUGUGGAUAUUAGGAAAGACCUAUAUGGAAACAUUGUGCUCAGUGGUGGGUCAACUAUGUUCCCCGGUAUUGCAGACAGGAUGAGCAAGGAGAUUACUGCUCUUGCUCCAAGCAGCAUGAAGAUUAAGGUUGUGGCUCCACCAGAGAGAAAGUACAGUGUCUGGAUUGGAGGGUCCAUCCUUGCAUCCCUCAGUACCUUCCAGCAGAUGUGGAUUUCCAAGGGUGAGUACGAUGAGUCUGGUCCAUCCAUUGUCCACAGGAAGUGCUUCUGAGUUCUACAAAUGUUUUGAUGGUGAGUUAUUUUUCAAUUUAGUUGGAUUUUCGUGUCAUGUCAUGUGAAGUCAGUUUGGUUGGCAACGAUAUGCGUUGAGGUGGGGUCAGUGAAGGACGGAGUAGAUUCUGAUGUUGAUGUAUCAUAGCUUUUCAUCCAUAUGAGAGGCUUUGCUUGCAAUGGCAAUGGUGUUCUGUAUAUGUGGUGGGCAGAAAAUCAGUCGAAAUCCAUCCUCGCCUUGCCUAAUCUUUGGUUCAACCAUCUCUUUCAGUAGGAUGUUUGUAGCAGGAGAGUGAUUGGGAUGCUUCUUUUUUCUUUUUUCUUUUUUCCUUUUUAUUUCCCCUUUGUUCUAUAUUUGACGGUCUUUUUUCCUGAGAACAUUGAUAUUAAUAGUUUUAUUGUAUCUGAAAUUUUAUGGUAGUGUCA